AUGCCGCCUCUGCCGCAUGUGGUGCGCAUAACGGUUCUGCUGCUGCUGGAACUGGUUGCGGCUGCUUGCAGCUGCCAUGGUGGUUGUGUGCGCGUGGUGAAGGCGUGGGGUGGCGGCGCAAGUAUGAGUAAGGGCCCAGCGGCGCAAGCAGUGACCGCACGCAGCUUCAGCUUCACGCCGCUGCCGGACUCGCCCUUCACACCCCCGCUCUUGGCCAUCCAAAUGAAUUACAUUGAAUUUCGUUUUACAGGUCCUGGCGUUAGUUGCAGCUGCUGCUGGUUGCCUACUGCAGCUCCCGGAGUGCUAGUAAAGGCUGUGUUUAUAUGGUUAUUAUUCAAGCACAUCGCUUUCCGGCACGGCAACUUGGGCUUACGAUUGGGUUGCAGCACAGCCGCCCUGUCCGGUCGCAAGGACGUCGUCUCCUCGGCGGCAAGGCGACUCGGGGCCAGCAUCUCGUCCUCAGCCGCCGCUGCCGCUGCCGUAGACCCAGCUGAAGCCAACGGCAGCUCGGGAGAGAACGGUACCCAAAACAGUGUCAGGAACGAUACAAUGGCAACAACUAAUGGCAACACCCAUGGCAACAACAGCACUACUGCAAGCGGAAACAUUGACAACGGUCUGCAAGGAAAGACCGCAGCACCAGCCAACCACAGCAGCCGGAGCACACCGCGUCGUGGGUUGCGCCGACUAGCAGGACCUGGUCUGCCUGCCGUGCCCUUGCCGGCCCCGUCACCGACAGCUUUGGGGCCUUUGCCUGGGUCCAUCUCGGUGCUGCACAACACCCCCGCUGACCACACGCCUCCGCCUCCGCGUCCUCUGCCGCUUCCAUCUCCUCCUCUCCCGCCGUACUGCCAUGUCCACUCCCUGACCCAGCUCCCCCCGGCAUUAACCGGUAGCCCAGCAGCCCUCCGCGGCUGCCCCCUGGUGGUGGGGUUUAUGGUGGGCCCGGCAGCCGCUGCAGGUGGGGCUCCAAGGAGCUCGAAGGAGUCUACUCAGCAGGAGGGCAGUGGCGGUGGUGGGGGUGAUGGUGGGGGUGGUAUGGCUGAAGGUGACAGCACGGGCAAGGUUGGCAACGCAGCGUCCAUCGACGACCUGUACGACAUUCCGUUGUGCUCCAGAGGCGUGAUCAUCAACAAUGGCCAGGGGAGUCUGUACGGCUGGAAGUUGGUGUGGCGUUUCAACUCCGUCCCGCCAUACACUAUACACGAUGUGGACGGGGCCGUACUCCUCAGCCCAGGCAGCGAGCUCUCCCCCGUGCGAGUGGUCAACACCGCCAGAACCGCCUCCAUCUCCCCCGCCGGUGGCACUGCCAACUUCACCUUUUCGGUGGUGGUGGAACCCACUACCUCCUCUGAAGGCUGGUCCGAGGCGCCCCUGGAGUGGACCUCUGUGCAACUCAACAAUCAGCGUUGCGCGCAGCUGCCGUCGCGCAGCCUCGGUCUGCCGGCGUGUGGUAUGCCGUAUAGCCAGCUGGUGAUGAAAGCUGGCACGGCGGCGGCGGCACCGUCAGCGUCGGUGGCAACAAUAACUGCAAAGGCCUCAGCAGUCGAGCCACCAAACCUGGCAUGUGCUUCCGUCUUCUGCUGUGGGGAGCUGCAUAACGGGCGGAAAGGCGUCCCCGGUCCAACCUCCCACAACGGCGGCGAUGUUGGCGGCGGACCCGGGGGGUACCGGGUCGUGAAUGGCGGUCGUUUUAGAGGCCAUGUCUCAGGUUCGAUAGCCAGGGCUGCCGCCACCACCGACGCUGGCGACCGCAGUGCUAUCACGCCGCCGCCCCCUCCCGGCUCCUUGGCAAAGUCCAGCGUUGUGCAAAGCCAGCUGACGGCCGCCAUAGCCGAGUUCCUGGUGCAGCCAAGGGUAGGUGACGAUCGCAGCGGCAGCAACCCCGCCGUUGUAAUCGGAAACUCAAGAACGCCGGGGGUCUCCAGACAGAUGCCAUCGGUGGUGGUGGUGGAUAGCUCUAGCGGCGGAGGCGGUGACACUGACGGCGCUAUCCUUCCACAAGACGUGGUCAAACGCCUGAAGAACCUCCUGGCAAUGGCAAAUAACGGCACCAAUGUCUCUAUGGAUGUCCUAAAUCCGUUGCAGGACCUUGUACGGGAGGCCAGUUCCAGAGUCGGAAGCGCCACUGGUGCCAGCAGCAGCGCCGCAGCCUCCGCCGUGAAGACCAGCGGCAUGGAUGAGCUGUUGGACAAGAUAUCUCACGUCAUCCAGGAAGGCACUCGAUCGCCGGUGCCACAGCCGGAAGAUUCUGGAGCAUCCACCGAUACAGGGGACAUGCAGGAGUCAAUGGAUGCCAGCAUGCCGCACCGCCGAAAGCCUCCAACAGUCGAUUAUUCACCCCCAUUCCAUCUGCCGCCCUCGCCGCUGUACAUUGCUUCCGUUACUCAGCCGCCUCAUCUGGAUAAGCCGUUCGUCUCUAGGCCUAUGCGCCCUGCAUCAUACAAGCCUCGCAGUAUGCCGGGCCAACCGAUACCCAAUACCGUUAUCGUACGACGUCCCGUGACGGAGGAGCCCGUCGACGCUAAUGCUACGGCGGCGGCAAGCGCUGGCGGGGGCGAUGAGAGUGCACCAUCGGGUACCAGCACGCUGGCGGUGUCCAAUCGUAUCGCAGUUGCCGUACUGUUGUUUGCCUUGCUGGGCUGCAUCCUAGCCGUGCACUACUACCGUCGCUGGGAGAGGCGGCAGCAGGUGGAAAGCAGAGGAGAGGCCGCCUCUGGUGCCCUGGGCAUUGCAGCCUGGUUCCAGAGAGUAGCUGCGGCGGCGAAGAUCGCUUUAUGCGGUCUGGCUGGCAGCGAGUGCCCCAGCGCUUCCCACGAGGGUGUUCCGCGCGGCGGCGGCAGUGCCGGCGGUCCAGCUGCAGGUGCUGCUGCCGCCGCUGCUGUCAGCGACACCGCUGCCCACUCGGGCGGGCCUUACGGGCAACCGAAUUCGUCCCCCUUCGCAGCCGGAGAUGGUAUCGUGAGGCUCUAUGGGAAGACAGAAAAAGGCUGCAAUGCUUCCGACGAUGGCUGCGGCUGCACGGGCAUCACUGCCGGGCUCGCUGAUGCUUCACGUCGGGGUGCAUUCCCGGAACUCCUUAGAACUCUGUCGCCGCCGCAGCCACUUCAAUCACAGCAGUUGUUGCCACUUCCUCCGCUGCCACCACCAAAUGUGCAGUUGCAGAUCUCGGCUCAGGGCAGCAACUCUAUAACUAUGAACAACGCCGAAGCUUCCAUAACGCCAAGCACAUCCCUUCUCAAUCAGCAACAGUUGCCUGAGAGCAGCAAUGGCCCCGCCGUCGCAGCUGAGCUCCCCGCAGCAAUGCGGGACUCCGGCCUUCACGCCGGGCCUUCGAGCCCCAACUCGCUCUUGCCGCCGGCCGAGUGGGACAUGGCCGCGCGCGGCAACGCCGUCCCCGGCAACGGUGUUACCCCGCUUCCCGGUGAUGGCGGCGGCAGCAUCUUUGUCUAUGAAGAGUACCGGCCACGAAACUACCCAGGCGGGAUGGCGAUGUCGCUGCGGAGCUCGGUGUCAUUCAUAACUCAGCCCGACAUCGAAAGGGACCUCCAGAUUUUGCUCAGCAAUGAUGUUUCCGACGACGAGGAUACCGUAAUGGACGGCGCCAUUGGUGUCGCCAACGCGGAUAUCGCCAGUAUGGGCGCACCUCGCUUGACUGCUGGCAGCCAUGGUGCGUGGAGUGGAGCAGCCACAGAUGGCCCCCGGCCCCUAAUCGGGGAUCCGUUGGGUACGGCGGCGGAGGCGGAGGCGCCUGGCUUCCCAGCCACCGCAAGGGGUGUGCCAGUCGGCGGUUCCGCCGCUGGACCCGCUGGCUCUGCGACUUCAGCCUUUGCCCGUAGCAGCACGGUGGCAGACACGGUGCUCUUCGACCUGGCCGGGUCCUCCGGAGAGGCAGUGGGAGCGGGAGUGGGAGCGGCAGCCGCGCCCGCCGCCGCCGGGCCUGGCCAUGAUACGCGCCUCACGUUCCCGCAAGAACCGCAGCAGCAGCUACAGCAGCCUCAGCAGCAGCAGCAGCCUCAGCUACAGCAGCUACAGCAGCAGCAGCCGGGUGUGCACCCCCCUUACCCCGUGAUGUUACCGGGAGCUAUCGUGAACGGCCCCGUUGCCCCGGCGGCGGCGCCGGUGCUGCCGGUGUGGGUGGCAACAGCGCUUCUACCUCCACUGGUGUCGGCAUCGGCUCCAGGUUCCCGCGUCGGCCUAGGUGGUUACGGUUGCGGCGGCUGUGGCGGCCCGGCUACACAUCCUGCACGAGCGUGCGGUCCUCCUGACGGCAUUGAAGAUUCCUUCGGGAGCCUGGCCGUCCGCGCCAACGCGGCCGCCACCAGCCGCAUUAGGGCACCAGUCAAUAACGGUAACGGUAACAGUAACGGUAACGACACCCGCAGGGCAGUUAGACCGAGGGGCUGGGUCUCCAUCGAUCCCCGGGAUGUGACCCUGCGAAGCCGGCUGGGCUCCGGAGCGUACGGCACUGUAUAUCACGGCACCUGGGCGGGGCGUCCGGUAGCCUGCAAGAUGGUGCAGCUGAUGGACGGGCCGAUGCUGAAGGAGAGGGCCUUGGAGACUGUUCGGCAGGAAGCAAAGUUGCUGUCUCGUGUGAAACACCCGCACAUCGUGAAGUUGUACGGGACCUUCCUGGCACCUCCUUUUGGGUGCAUCGUGGAGGAACUGGCCCAGGGGGGCUCUCUGCACUCCCGGCUACAUGCGAAGCGCCCAGGCAGUAAUGAGAAGCGGUUCCCGCCCCUGUCGUACGCCGAGGUCAUCCGCGUCGGUCUGGAGGUGGCUAGCGCUAUGGCCUACCUGCACGAGCGCCGGAUUGUGCAUCGAGACCUGAAGCCGCAGAACUUGUUGCUAGAUGGAUCUGGUCAUGUCAAGCUGUGCGACUUCGGCCUUGCCAAGAUCAUGCGCAUCACGCCCAUGCGGACGGAGGACGUACAUGCGGGCACACCAGCAUACAUGUCACCCGAGCAGUUCGAGGGGAGCAUGAUUUCUGAGAAGGUGGACGUGUUUGCGUUCGCCAUGACCAUGUACGAGUGCUUCACGGGUGUCAUGCCCUGGAGCUGGCUGGCGGGAGAGAUGCAGCUCUGCUCCCCGCGCCUCCGCCGGCAAAAAUCCCUCGCAUUGCAGAUUCUGGCAACGGUUUGUGACAAGGCGCAAAUACGGCCCGAACUUCCAGGGUGGAUGCCCAAUUUUUUGGCCCACCUCAUCGUGUAUUGCUGGGCGGCCGAUCCGGUUGCACGACCCCCUUUUAGACAGAUCGUGUACUGGCUUCGGAUGGAGCUGGUGGCUCUGGGGGAACGGCGUCUGGCGGCCGCUGCGGCCGCCAAGCCGGCCGCCGCAGCACUUGCCACAGCGCCAGCUGCAGCACCAGCCGCCGCACCAGCGGCAGCGCCGGCUGCAGCGCCAGCUGCAGCACCAGCCGCCGCACCAGCGGCAGCGCCCGCUGCAGCGCCCGCAGCAGCGCCAGCAGCAGCCCAGCCGCCGCACCAGCGGCAGCGCCCGCUGCAGCGCCCGCAGCAGCGCCAGCAGCAGCACCGUCUUGCAGGGGAUAAGGAGGGGUGUGCAUGGGUGCAGCUGUGCAAAUUCAAGAUCGGCGGCACAAUCAGACUGGCCAUGCUGAAGGACAAGCCACCGGCGCUCCAUCUGGUGGUGGACAAGCUAAUGGACAACGACCUGCAUGCAGAACCAACAGGCCACAUGUCGGAAGGAGGUUCAGGAGGCUCCACCAUCAACCCAGCCGACUGA